AUGAAGCUUCAGACUAUCCUUCAACUCGUUCUUACUCUGACGGCUGGUAGCAAUGCUAUGCCCACUGGGUCACCCCCCGCCAGCAACGGUUGGGAGAACACCCGCAACGGCGCUUUCCUUAAAAAGCGCGACAUUGAAGGUUGGAACGACUCCCACAACCGCCCAUACCCUGGGAAGCGCGACGUUGAAGGUUGGGAAAACACACGCAACGGCGCUUUCCAUAAAAAGCGCGACGUCGAGUCCUGGAACGGUCACCAUAAUCUCGAGAAGAAGAGCGAUAACGACAUUGAAGGUUGGAUCGACACUCACAACAACCCUCAGCCUAAGCGUGCUGCGGCUGAUAACGACGUCGAAGAUUGGGUCGACACUCACAACAAUCCUCAGCCUAAGCGUGCCGCGGCCGAUGAUGGCGGAAACGGCAACCAGGACAUUUCUAAGAAGCGUACCAACACCGUCUAA